GCCGGGCGCUGAGCCCCCACGGCCCCCCGCUCCCCGGCCGCGCACGGCCGAGCCCCAGAGAGCGCGCAGAGGCGCAGCCCGGGAAGCGCCGCCAGCGCCCGCCGCCUGCGUCUGAGGAAGAGCGGCGCCCUGGGAGCGAGCCAUGUCCGGCACCCGAGCGUAGCCGCGGGGGCCGCUCUCGGGGGCCGCGGGCCGGGUCCACCGCGCGCCGAGGACCAUGCUGCCUCCCGGCCGGGCGCCGCCGCUCGGGCUCCUGCUGGCGCUGACGGCGCUCCGGUGCCCAGUGACGGAGAGUCGAGCCAUCGUGGACAGCCUGCAGAGGUUUUCCUCGCUGCCCGCUUACCUCCCUGCCGGUCUACACAUCUCCAACGCCGAGCAGUCCUUCUUUCUUAAAGAGGCCAACCAGGACGUCACGAGGAACUCCAGCCUGCAGGCCCGAGUGGAGUCAUUCUUUAUCUACCGAGCCAGGGGCCCCCCGGUCGUCAACGCCAGCUAUGGUCCAUUUUCAGCGGAGCAGACAGUGCCCCGUGAGCUCAUGCUGACUUCUGCGCCCUUUGAAAACAUGGGGAAGUUUCCGUUCAACUGGAAGCUGAGAGCCCACAUCCUCGACAGCUCCAUUUACUCCAACAGGCCCAAAGUGCAGACCCUGUUUCACAUCACGGGGAUGGGCUGGGCUGAUGGCGACCCUGCGGAACAGCUCCCCUGCGUCAAGAUGUUUGCCUUCCCGGAGGCCAGGGAAGUGGCGGCCAGCUGCCGGCUGCAGGGGGCCCCCGGACUGUGCGUGGCCGAGCUGGAGCUGCUGCCCGAGUGGUUCAGCUCGGGGCUGGACCUGGAGCCCGAGGAGGAGAUCCCGGCCCUGCUGGGCGGCACCGCCAUGGAGCUAUUCUUCACGCUCUACCCGGCCGACCAGGCCGGCCAGUGUCCCCCGGAGGAGGACGGCAGGUGGGGGAACAACAUCCACUCGGGCCAGGACAGCCCCCAGCCGGCGCCCCCCGCCCGGGAGCGGAUCGGCAGCGUCGUGGUCUACCCGACCCAGGACGACCUGAAGUGGUCCCUGGUGAGCCUGGAUGAGAACGUCGUCAUCUCGGUGCCUCUGAACCUCGUCCGGGAAGGGGACACGGCCACCUUCUUGGUCUCUCUGACCAGUGGCUCCUUGGCAGACCACUUCACUCUUAGAAUUAAGGCGGCUGCCGGCGUGACAAUAACGGCGGUGCGAGUCAGCAGCGAAGGGCAGUGGGCCGUCCAGGAGGACAUAGACAACGACAGCGCGCAGACCACGGCCGCCCUCACCUGCGUGGGCCACCGCCCCGACACGCAGAGCAGAGCAAACGGCUCCUUCUACGAGAUCUUGCAAGUGGACUUCGGAGUUGACAACAGCAGUGGCCUGGCCGGGGCCCAGCAGAUCACCUGGCAGGUGGAGUACCCGGUGGAGGACUCCGUGAGCGAGCUGGUCGUCUCCGAGAUCUUCGUCAGCCAGACCUCCUUCGUGGGCAUCGUGCCUCUCGCCAUGGACGCGGAGCUGCUGAACACGGCCAUCCUCACCGGAAAAGCGGUCUCGGUGCCCGUGAAGGUGGUGGCGGUGCAGGAGGACGGCGCCGUGGUGGACGUGUCGGAGGCUGUGGAGUGCAGGUCCGCGGACGAAGACGUCGUCAAGGUCUCCGACGACUGCGGUUCCAUCUUCGUGAACGGGAAGGAGAUGAAGGGCAGGGUGGACACGAUCGUGAACUUCACCCACCAGCACUUCACCUCCCAGCUGGAGGUCACCGUCUGGGCGCCCAGACUGCCCCUGCAGGUGGAGAUCUCAGACACGGAGCUGAGCCAGGUCAAAGGAUGGCGGGUCCCGGUGGCCUCCAGCAAAAGGCCCACCCGGGACAGCGAGGACGAGGAGGACGAGGAGAGGAAGGGCAGAGGCUGCUCGCUGCAGUACCAGCACGCCGCCGUGCGCGUCCUCACCCAGUUCGUGGCCGAGUCGCCCGACUCGGGUCAGCUGAGCUACAUGCUGGGCCCCGACUGGCAGUUUGACAUCACCGACCUCGUGGUGGACUUCAUGAAGGUGGAGGAGCCGAAGAUUGCCCAGUUACAGGACGGCAGGACGCUGGCGGGCCGGGAGCCGGGCAUCACCACCGUGCAGGUCCUGUCGCCUCUCUCUGACUCCAUCCUGGCUGAGAAGACGGUGAUCGUCCUGGAUGACCGCGUCACCAUCGUGGACCUGGGCGUGCAGCUGGUGGCCGGCUUAUCUCUCUCCCUGCAGCCUCACAGGGUGGACAAGAGAGCCAUCGUGUCGACAGCAGCUGCCCAGGACACCCUCCAAGCCCCGCAGCAGGAGGCAAUAGUCAGCUCCUGGAUUUUGUUCAGUGAUGGUUCGGUGACUCCCUUAGACAUUUACGAUCCCAAGGAUUUUUCAGUCACUGUCUCGUCGCUGGAUGAGAUGGUGGUGUCCGUCCAGGCCAACCUUCAGUCCAAAUGGCCGGUGGUGGUUGCAGAGGGUGAAGGGCAAGGGCCCUUGAUUAAACUGGAAAUGAUGAUCAGCGAGCCUUGCCAGAAGACCAAGAGGAAGAGCGUUCUGGCCGUGGGCAAAGGGAAUAUCAAGGUCAGGUUUGAGUCAGGUAUCGAUGAGCACCAGGGAGGCAGCAACGACAUCGAGGGCAUGAAUCGGGAAUAUAAAGGCCACCUCAGCAACGCCAUAGAGCGCGAGGGAAGCCAGGAGAGAGCGGUCCAGGAACGGUCCCAACAUGGCACCUCGGUUGGCCAAGAGGAAGGUACCAACAAAAGCACAACCCCACGAUCCCCCAUGGAAGGAAGGAGUAAGAAGUUACUCAAGAGCGGUGGUCCAGACACCUUCACAAGCUUCCCCACUCAAGGGAAGUUCCCGGAACCCCACAGUCCUGGUGACCUCACGGUGACCUCCAGGGGCUUAACCGACCUGGAGAUUGGCAUGUACGCCCUGCUCUGCGUCUUCUGCCUGGCCAUCCUGGUCUUCUUAAUCAACUGUGUGGCGUUCGCUUGGAAAUACAGGCACAAAAGAUUCGCUGUGAGCGAGCAAGGGAACGUCCCCCACUCCCACGACUGGGUCUGGCUCGGGAAUGAGGUGGAACUCCUGGAGAACCCCGUGGACAUGACGCUCCCGUCGGAGGAGUGCACGACCAUGGGAGACCGGGGUCUGCCCUUCGAGGAGAGGAACUUCCUCCUGAACGGCAGCUCCCAGAAGACGUUCCACAGUCAGCUGCUCAGGCCUGCUGACUACGUCUAUGACAAAGACGUGAAAAACGAACCCCUGAGUUCCUCGGGCCCAAAGAGGAAGAGAGUCAAGUUUACUUCCUACACCACCAUCCUCCCCGAGGACGGCGGCCCGUACACCAACUCCAUCCUGUUCGACAGCGAUGACAGUAUCAAGUGGGUGUGCCCAGAUAUGGGGCUGGGGGACCCCCAGGACUUCCAAGAUUAUAUGGACAGACUGCAGGACCAGAUGUAAACUCCUUUCUCACGUUUGUAUUCACCUUUAUGCCUUCUGUUUUUUGAAUGGUGGAGCAGUGAGUUGGAUCAGCAAUAGGGGGUGACUUAACGGCGCUUCUCUGGUGGAGGUCUGGGGGGCGAUCCUUGCCUCAGCAGGGAUCAGAGACAGCCGUGGCAUCUGGGUUGUAAGCCAGGCAGUGUCUCCCAGCCGGCCACCUGUGGGUCCUGGAGGAAUUCUAAGACAGCGGUUUUACCUGCUGCCUGGCACUAGCUCAGUUCAAACAUCAUAAACGCGACCCCACAGACAUUGUUAAGUCAUCUCGGGACAAAACGGCCGUGUGGAAUUAGAAAAGACUUGGGUUUGAUUUUUCUACUCCUAGACCUUUUAAAGCACAGUGGACAUUUCUCGCCCUAGGCCUGAGAUCGGACAUACGCGAAAGAAGCUGAAUGUAGCCACCCAUAUUUGUUACGAGCACUGCUCAUUAUUUUUAUAUAUAUUUGCACCUGCACCUGGUUCCUUUGACCUCUGCAAUUCUUUUCGAAACAUGAAGACGAGAAAUUUCCUUUCUUUUUUUCCCCUUCUCUGAGAUCUGUUUGAUUUGCGUAUGAGUUGUAAUCACUGAGAUUUGCCACGUCAUGUUAUUUCCUGGGUGUCCGUGCAGAAUUUCAGGUUCUUUCUGGUUUUCCGCGUUUGAUCACGUGGGGGCAAUAUCUAAGAAGCUUAUCCUCACGCCGUCUUUCCUUCUUUUUGUUGUUGAAAUUUCUUACAGCAGACGGGGACGUGGGAUUUUACUUAAAAGUAUCAAUAUACUGUGAGGGAGGGCCAUCUUCUUUACAAUUUUCUACAUGAUGCUUUAAAACUUUGCAGAAAAGUUGGGAACCAUGAACCUUUACUUUUAUCUUCUGCUUGGGGAAGUCAUGGGGAACUCCUUCCUGGAGUGCAUAUCUUGAGGGCGAAGAAGGUCCUCAAAAUAGUGUAUUUAUACUGAUGCUUUGUGGUCAACACGAUUUGUUAUUGAAACUGGAAUCAAGAUCUAGGAAUGAUACAUACAGGACGGAAACUGCACAGGAAAUACCAUCAGAUGAAACUUUCCUUAUACCAGGACAAAACUGUUUAAAGCAGUAAGUGAAACGAUGUUUCAGCUUAGCAAUACGUAGUCGUCUAUCCAUACAGUGACUUCCCCCACCCCCAACCAAAAUAUACAUAUAUAUAUAUAUAUCUCCUCAGUCUUGACUCUGGCAGAGAUAAAACCUAUACAGGGUGUGCGUUGAUGGAGAAAAGCAAUGGGUUCCCUCCCCCAAAAUUCAUAAAACAAAUGAUCAUUCCAGCAGCUUGCGAAGCAGUUGUGAUAAAAAAAAAAAACACAUAGCUACUGGGCAAUCAAAAUGGUGAGAAAGAGAAAAAAAAGCAUGAUUCUGGCAUAAUUUUUAAAUAAAAAAAGUCUCAAGCAAAGCAAGGAUUUCAGGUUAGAAAUUGAUGACAACAUGUUUCUCCGUUAAAAUGAGAUAGCUGGACAAACAACCCCUGGACGAGUCUGCCUCAUUUGGAGCAUCCCUGAGCCACCUGCAUCUCUGAGAAGCAGAGUUUCAAAGACCGGAAGCAGCAAGGGCCUGCAGGAGGUACUGAGGCAGCUCCUUGACUCCCGAUGGCUGAUGACGGGGCCGUUCAAAAGGGAGGCGGUCAGUGGUUCCCCACAGGGUUCCGCAGACAGGCCCGGGGCACCAGCCUCCUCCGGCCGUCACUCGGCAGCCGCAGGGUUCGCCCCAUGUCUCUUGUCCACAGGGCUGCGGCACAUUUGUAAACAGAGCGUAAGUCACCAGUGGUGCACUGCCUGACCCCCAGAGGCUGGUGUACAGUUGCUCUUGGGCUUAAAAUGAGGCAGUGAGUUUCCCCAAAUCUUCUAGUUUGGAUAAUGAAGCCAGGAAACCCAGGCGUCUGCUUCCAAAGGAGUUUUUGCAAAGAGAUGACGGACAUUCUCGUAGGAAGAGCUCCCCUGUUAUUCGAAGGAAGCUGCCUCUGCUCUCCAAGGGGCUUGGUGGGGAGGUAGCUGGAAACCACUGUGCAGGGCCGGAGAGCAGUUCCCGCGCUGAUGGGGACAUAGCUUGUCCGUCUGAGCCCUGCGCCUUCUCUAGGCACUUCCCACUCUGUCUCCCUUUGGAUCCUCAACAUUCCAGACAUAGCUGGGAUUUCGUUUCUGAAACUGAGGAACCGAGGCUGACGUGGGGGUGUCUCUCACACACAGCAGGCUGCCCCCACUGGUAAAAAUGAGGCUUUCCGGGGUUAUAAUUCGGCAGGGGAUCAAAGGCAGUUACCAUUGCCGCGGGGAGCCUGGUUAAGGAGCAUGUACAUGGGAGCGUUUCCGAAGGUCCCGGUGCUGGACGUGACGCAGGCGUGAACUGGGGAGAAUGGAACGUGCCGGCGGGAGUCUCAGCGAGCCGGGAGCUGGCCGCGGUGCUGAAGCCGGAGUCGCCCAGAGCGGGGCCGGCUGUGUGCAGUCGCCGGGCUUAUGUCUGCGACUCGGUCAGUUCAAAGUGAAAAUCAGAUGGAAAGUCACGGGGAAGGGACCCCUCUUACUACACAACACACACUCACAAAUACGCACACAUACACACGGAUACCCACGCGUGUGUGUCUGUGUUUCUAGGGCAGCGGCAGAGAAGCCCGUCUUCCAGAGGAAUCAGCACUGUCCGUUGCUCUCAGACCUGGCGUAGGCACUGUUCAGCUUAACAGAGCUUCCCUGAAGUUCCUUCUGCUCUAAAUACUUCCUGCUGAUAGAAACCAUGGGCGGUAUCUGCUUGUUUUCCAACUAGUCAAUUUUAAACACAUAGGAACUGUGCCCCCUUAAACAUUUCGGCUAAAAUGGGCAGAAUGGCAUAAAUUAAGAUUAGAAAUACAGUUCCCUGGGGGCCAUGCAUUUGCCUAGAUUGUCCAGGGUUUUACUGCGGAGAUAUUCAAAGGGUCGGCGUUGAUAACCCGAGAGAACGGUGCCGGUAGGGUCCCUUCCUCUCCCCAGAGAACAGGAUGUUUGCACUGCAGCCGCCCCCGCCCCUGCCCUGAGGCAGACACAGCACCUCUUGAGGGGGCACCAAGCUGCAAACUGAUUUCAGAGUCAUACAGAGGGCGGUUCAGAUGCUCCGUGAAGACCAGGUCACCUAGAACCAUGGGGGACACGAGACCCCCGUCUCCAGGGCCAGGCGUCUGCCUUCCAGGGCGGUGCACAGUGAACCACGAGCCACUGCCACAUGAAACAGCUGGCGUGUGAACACACAGUGUGCUGCAUUGGGGAGACAAGAAGAAGAAAAGACACGGGAAGUUUUCCCUGGAAACUUCUCCCAAAGAACUCACCAGCGAGCAGACCUCAGAAUCCCCCACAUGAACCGGGAGAAGGAAUAACUGAUUCGCUGCGCACCGGCCAGGCUGAGUUCCCAGACUACAAUAAUCCUUAAACUGCAGGCAGAGAGUCUCUAUCUGUAAAAAUUAACGCAGGGAAAAAAAUGGAUUAAUUUUUGUGCCAUCACCACAUCUGUAGACGAAAUGUUUUGUACCUAGCUAAUGUUUUAAGUUUUAGGAAGUCUGCCUUUGUGCGUGUUGAUCAGCAUUCUCAUCUCAUCCUUUGAGAAAGGUGUCUUCCCAAAGUCGGGACGUUGUGAAGUCUUUGUCAGAGAAGAAAAUAUAGUCCGACUUCAUGGACCGCAGAGGGCGGCUUCAUCAGAAUCUUACACUCCCCACCGGCACCCUUGUAUUCUUACUCUAGUCAGCUCAAGAACGGCCUCAAUUCUCCAUUCUAGUCUCUGUAAAUGACAUGAUAGAUGUUUCAUAAACCCAGCAACCGUCUCCUCCCUCAAAAUUAUAUUACGUGUCAUGUACCAUAUAUCACCUGUUAUGUAAAGGAACAGGGUGGGUGGAGGAAAAGUUAUGCUCAAAUAGGGAUAGCAGGUAUUUUUGUAUGUAAAAUAGGCAACAUACUUACUGAACCUCUGAAAGGUGUAUUGGAAUAAAUACGUUUAAAAAAUAAAAGCAUGCAAAGCUGUAGCUUUUAAAUGUACAGACAUCCCACUCAGAUAUAUCUAAACUGACGGUGGGAAAGCAUUGGGACCUGACAUCGUGACAUCCACUGAGUUAGCCGUGUGGCCUUUAGAGGGCGUGGCUCGCGCUGGGCUUGUUAGUGGAAACUGCCAGAACAUUUUAACCUGACUCUUCAUUACUUUCGGAGUUUUUUUCCUUUUCCUUUUUUUUUCUGGAAAUAUUUCAGAAAUAAAGUGACUUCUUUUUCCAGCAUAAAGGUAUAUUCUAA